GACACGGCUUCCACUCUUUUCCAUUCGCUAGUUUAUCUCGAACAUGGGCGAAAAUCGAACACUUCCGAUAUUUUUCCGGUACUUUGAACGCAGCAAUGCCUCAAGCUAACGUUAGCUCUUCCUGCGGUGUUAUGAGUUGAGCGACACUGAAGGUCUGUCUGCAGCGCUGGGAAUGCAGCCACCGCUCCCACCUGAGGCGGUCAGAGAGCUGGUGUGCUCCUGUCUGCACAGAGACCCAGUAGCAGCAGAUCUGCGCUGCAGCUUGUUUGUUGCUGCGGCUCAGAACUACAAGAGGGACUCUUUGCUCAGACCCUUCCCUCCUAGAUACAUAAGUGGUGACAAUAAGGAUUUUGAGGAGCUGUUGGCAGAUGUGAAGUCUUUGCCUGGUGUGAGAGAGCUGGUGAGACUGCGACCUGGAGAUGGAGAUCAUCAUCUGGCUCUCACACACUGGAUUCUCUCUUCAAACAGCUUUGCUGUGAAGACGCUACAGAAAGAUGAGUAUGGCAAACUUUGUAACUUGACGGAAAAUGAAGGGAUUUCUGCACCUGUGCCAGACUUCCUCUUUGAGCUGGAGUACUGUGACCAGAUGAACACCAGGUUUGAGAAGACGAGGGCAGGACGAGAUGUCUUCUAUGCAUUCCACGGGAGCCGCCUGGAGAACUUUCACUCAAUCAUUCACAACGGGCUACACUGUCACCUCAACAAGAACUCAGUGUUUGGAGAGGGGACCUACCUCACCAGUGACCUUAGCAUGGCUGUCCUCUACAGUCCCCACAGCAGCGGCUGGAGAGAAAGUCUCCUGGGUCCACUGCUCAGCUGUGUUGCCUUGUGUGAAGUCAUUGAUCACCCAGAUGUUAAGUGCCAGGUCAAGAAAAAAGAUUCUGAAAUCAUUGACCGUCAGCGCUCAAGGGCAAAGAACAGUGAGGGAGGGGACGUACCACAGAAGUACUUUGUAGUCACCAACAAUCAGCUUUUGCGAGUCAAGUACCUGCUUGUUUACUCUCAGAGGAGGCACCUGUCCAGACAUUCCCGCAGCUCCUCCUGGUUCCUCCGACACCAUUUUGCUGUGAUGAUGAGUCUCUACCUUCUGCUGCUCAUAUUCAUUGGUGCCUUUAACUCCACCACCUUCGUAUCCUUUUGGAACAGACUAUUCAGGUGAUGAGACAACAGAGCAGACGGCCUGCAUGUUCAUUAUCCACAGUGCCUUCCUGAUCAGAGACUGACUGGAGGCCUGAGCAAAGAUGCACCUUUAUACUGUUUUCUCUUUACAAUCAUUCUUUUAUUUUUAUAAGUAGUUGGAAUUACUGUUAGUUCAAGAUAACAUAUCUAUUCAAAUAGCAGCUAUCCUCAUAGCUGCUCUCGUGUAUUAAUUCUGUUGAGAUGUGUCAUGAGACCAUUCUGCAUUUUAAGAAUGUUAUGCAAUGUUUCAUCUGUAAUUUGUAUUGUUUAGUAAAGAUUCAGUUUUAUAGAUAA